AGUUGAUUCACUGAUUUGUUGGUUAUAGCGGAUCCAAUGGACGAUCGGUCGGCGAUAUAUCCCAUCAACUCUUGGGACCGAUUCGGUGAUGAUUUGUGUCAACACUUAUUGUCGUAUCUGCCGCUCGACGACCGGUUCCGCUACGAAGUGGUGUCCAAACAGUGGCAAAGAGUGGUAUACGAGACACAACGGGAACUCAUAUUAGACCACGAUUUCGGAUAUCGUCUCAAUUACUCGUCACUGGAAUCGCUGCUCAAGAAGUGUCGGAAUAUCACA